AUGGGCCCGACGGUGGCGCUGCUGACGCGGCUGCUGUCGCUGGUGCUGGCCGUGGCGCUGCUGUCCAACGCUCUGGUGCUGCUCUGCUGCGCCUACAGCGCCGAGCUGCGCGAGCGCCGCCGUCCCGGCUUUAUGGACACCUUCCUGGCAUCCAACGUGAUGCUGAGCGUGGUGACGCUGAGCGCGAACCAGCAGCUGGUCGUGGGCUUCUCGCUGAGCUUCGCCAGGCCUAUAAGCCCAGCGCAUCGCCCUCCUGCUGCUGGCCUGCGCGUGGGGACAGCCUCUGGUCUUCGCGCUCGCCUGCUCCUGGCGCCUUCGCGUCCUGCUCGCUUCACCACCUGCCGCCUGAGCCCAAGCGCCCGCGUGAACGGCCGCACUCCACACGGCAGGCUUCAAAGCGCUGAGGCUCACUAUACACCGCCCCACUCCACUCUGGCGCAUCCAGGGCACACCAGGCAGGAGCUUGGGUGCUGCUUGUUGACCUGCACCUCAGAUGGCCUCGACCGCCCACCCAGCCCAGGGGCUCCCCGGGAGUGGGCUGGCACGAGCCUGCGGCUGAGCCACCUGCCACACAUCACCUGCCCCAGGGGUUCCCACGCCCUGGGCUUCUCCAGCCGCAGCUCCCGGGUUUACAGGCAGGCUGGUGGGGCUUGUGCCCUUUGUGGCCGUCAACACGCACUGGGGCGUCCUCAGCAGAAGCUGGCCUUCAGCAGGGCGGCCACUGACCCCUUGGUGCACUCCCUGCUCCGCCAGGAGUUCCUGUCACGUCCUGGACCCUUUGAGACCCCGCUGCUGAAGAGGGAUCUGCACCCGGCCUCCACCCACAACCACUCUCAGGACACAGAGUGA